ACGUCAGUGGAAAAGAGAAACGGGCUGCGGGUUUCGUCUGCGUCGCUGAGUGUAUGGUGUAGAUACAAGAGCGUCAAGGGCCAGAUCACGGAACCAUACUGCUCCUCCUUUCCGUGUGGUAACGUCUGGGCUGAAGACAAGGCUUUCUACGGGGAAGAGUUGGUAGAAUAAGCAGCGUACACGGCAGCUGUCGGUGUAACGCCCUGUUCCCUUCAGCACUGAUCCGGUUUAAGGCUCAUUGAGAAAGCAGAAGCGGACGAGCAGCUCAGCAGAGCCGUGCGAUUCAACCAGAGCAUCAGAGGACAUUAAGCUGAGGACGUGUCUAAACCAGAGGACAUACUGUGUAUUUUAUAUUUUAUAUUGUUUUAGAAGCUGACAUCUACCUUUUAAAAAUAUAUACAAAAGAACCUUUAAAAAAGCCCUAAUUUCACUACAACUGGAUCUGUAGUAUUGGAAAUGAUGCAUGUUUACUUGAUUGUUUGCUAAUCAGCCUGCUUAAGUGUUAAAACAAUCCCACGGGGCAUCAAGGGUUUUUCUUCUUCUUUUUCUUUUUUUUUAGUUUCUUUUUCCGUUGUGUCACCCUUGUUCACUGAGGGUAAUUUCUGUUUCUAUUGUUUCAUGAGAAGUAAAGAACAAAGGUGUGACUGUAUGACGGGAAACUUUCAAUAGUGCCGGUAACUGGAUAUCUGAAAAUCUAAUUUGGGACAGUACAACUUUUUUUUUUUGUCAUCUGAAUUCCUUAUCCAGUGUCAAAAAGAAGCCUGAUACAAUAGACUGUGCUUAUUAAGUCAGUAGAACUUACCUUAUCAGGAGUGAAUCCCAGUCAAAAGGAAAUCACACCGUUCCUGGGAAAUGGGAUCAGAAAAAGACUCGGAAUCCCCCCAUUCGUCUGUCAGUGGCAUUCCCAAUCCUAAAUGUCGUGGUCCGGGAAAGAAGCAGGGCAGGAUCUCUUUCUCCAGCUUCUUUCAUAGCAAACGUGGUUCCAGAAAGAGCAAAGCUACUUCGGGAACACCUUUAGCCCAGCAGCACACCCAGCAGCACACCCAGCAGCACACCCAGCAGCACACCCAGCAGCACACCCAACAGCACACCCAGCAGCUGCACACCCAGCAGCUCAUUCAGCCUCCAACUCCUACUGCUGUCUCCCCGGACCCUCUGACUGCCGAGCCGGCUGAGCCUUUAUCCUCCAGCCAGGACUCUCUGGGAGGACAGGAGCUCCACGAGUGCCCACUAUGUCUGGUGCGCCAGCCACAGGAUCAGCUAGCAGAGCUUCAGGGCUGCAGUCAUCGCUCUUGCCUUUGCUGCCUGCGCCAGUACCUGCGCAUCGAGAUCACAGAGAGCCGAGUGCAGCUCAGCUGUCCAGAGUGUGCGGAGAGGUUGGUGCCCAGGCAGGUGGCACUCAUCCUGGACGACGCUGCUCUGCUGGAGAAGUAUGAGGAGUUUCUGCUAAGGCGCUGCCUCGCCUCAGACCCCGACUGCCGCUGGUGUCCGGCUCCAGACUGCGGGUUUGCCGUCAUCGCGUCAGGCUGUGCCAGCUGCCCCAGGCUUGUGUGUCGUAGGGAAGGCUGCGGCGCCGAGUUCUGCUACCACUGCAAGCAGGCCUGGCAUCCGAACCAGACAUGUGACUCAGCUCGACAGCAAAGGGCGCUUUCUCUGAGAACACACAGCAAUCACUCACCCAGUUACGGAGCCGAUCAAGGGCCCACUGAUGACAUCAAGCCCUGUCCCCGAUGUGGCGCCUACAUCAUCAAGAUGAACGACGGAAGCUGUAAUCACAUGACCUGCGCUGUGUGUGGCUGUGAGUUCUGCUGGUUGUGUAUGAAGGAAAUCUCGGACCUGCACUACCUCAGUCCAUCAGGUUGUACUUUCUGGGGGAAAAAACCAUGGAGUCGAAAGAAAAAGAUCCUGUGGCAGCUUGGCACUCUGAUCGGGGCACCGGUUGGCAUCACACUAAUCGCUGGCAUUGCCGUGCCUGCCAUGGUCAUUGGCAUUCCGGUUUACGUAGGAAGGAAGAUAUAUGCUCAUUAUGAGGGGAAGAAGAACUCUCAGCACAGGAGAAACCUGGCUAUUACUGGUGGCGUGGCCUUGUCAAUCAUCACAGCCCCGGUUAUUGCAGCUGUCAGCGUUGGUAUUGGCGUACCGAUAAUGCUGGCAUAUGUGUAUGGUGUGGUGCCAAUAUCUCUGUGUCGUGGUGGAGGAUGUGGGGUUAGCAGAGGGAAAGGACGAGGCGUCAGGAUCGACUUUGAUGAAGACGAUGGACCCAUUACAGUUGCUGACGCCUGGCGAGCGCUGAAGUCUCCCAGUCUUGGUGAGAGCAGCCUAGAGGGAGCAGCCAGUGGCCUUAGCACCACCUCGCCUAGUGAAGGCCUGUCUGUGGCCCCCGGGGGUCUCGUCGACACACCCCACUUCAACACACUAGCCGGAGGAGCUCUCGGAGCCCGGACAGGAAAAUACAGCAGGCUGGAAGUUCAAGGCACUGAGAUCGGAAAGGAGAGUGCACACAGAGAGACUGGGAGCUUGGGAGCAGCCAGCGACUGCGCAAGCACUCGAGGCAUGGCGGGAUCCAUUACCUCCUCGUAUACGAUACCUGAUAGAGAAGGCACAAACCUAGAGAUUCAGGUGGACAUUGAAACGAAACCCAGCCAUCUGUGUUUAACCAGCGAGGAGGACCUGGCUCCCCGUGCCUGUGCCAUGGCCGCUGCUUCAGCAGAGGAGCCUCAGGACUGCAGCUCUCGCCGAGGCAGGGCUUUAUCCCGCUCAUCUCUGGGGCUGUCGUCAGGCGGAUCGCUCAGAGAGGGGCUCGGUGACGUGACGCUGGCUCAGCCUGAGAGCAUCCGGAGCGACCUGGAGACGUCCGAUACGCAGUCCGACGACAUCGCCGAGCUCACGUCGGAGGACUGCGACUCUCCUAACCCUCCUCCUCAGCCUACCUGCCGAGCCCAGAACUCCAGCGAUGGCCUGCACUGCCCGGAUAACAUCAUCCUUUCUGUCUGAAAGCACCAGAGUGCUCGGACUGCUUUUUAUUUCCUAGUAUGUUUCUCUUAUUGUUGAUAUAAUCAGUAAAACAGGUUACGUGCAGUCUGGGGAAUUUGGUGGCGUGGGUCUGCCUGCUGCUCUGUCCAUCUCGCCUAAAAUAAUGACAGGGCUCUACCUCUACGAUUCAUACUGUUAGUCAUCCGUGUACCGAGUGGUGCAAAAAAAUGCCUUGGCUAUUGAAGCAAAAAUAAGUAAGAAUUAAAAAAAAUAAAAAAAAAUAAAGAAUUCCUGUCAGGAGAGUUAAAUUAAUGCCGGACAAGUAAUAUUGAAAAUAGUAUCAAGCACACAUUUUGUGAGGGUUUAUAUUAUUGACUUUAAUGUUUAUUUCAUAUGUACCUUAUAUAUAUAUUGAGAGAGGGAGAGAAACAUAUAGAUAUAGAUAUGUUGGGUGUGUAUGCUUUCUUUUUUAUUUAUAACAAAAUAAACCUGAAACUAUGAUUUGCUGAAUGCAUGUGUACGUAUGCAUGACCUGCACUUGUAUACGAGGAUACAAGUAUGGUAUUUAGUGGUUGCACUGACCAAGUUUGCACAGUGAUAGGAGUUUUAUGGACCUGUACAUGAGUCUCACCUGCACCCAGAAUCAAGUUCAGUGAUGUGGAAGAGGCACUGUUAUGUAGGGAACAAACACGAUUAUGGGAAAUGAGCAAUGAAAGGGGGGGCUGUUACCGACCCAAAGCUUUAAUAUUUUCCUAUGAAAUGAGUUUCUGGAGUGUUGUAUUCCUCUUCUACCACAACAGUUUGCUAAAAGUUUUGCGACAAAGCUUCGUAGUUACAUUUAAUGUUAUGGAACAUCUCGGGGGAACAAAUGAGUUUGUUCUGAAGAUGUUCCUGUGUUGGAAAACCGAGCUAAAAAAAUCUCCAAACUUGCUGUAUGAACAUAUCAACAGUGAAAGGUUAGUUUGAAAUCUGUCCAUAAAAUACCUGUCAUACAAAUACUGUAAUUUGAUACCAUAUUAAAACACUUUCAGACCAAUCCGAUUGAAGAAUUUAACAGUGCUGUGGUGUAAAGUAGACUAAUCACUUCAUAAGCAGACCGUUCCACCUUAAUCCUCACUCUCUCCAUCAUACUCUCGGCCCCUUUCCCACUGACAACACUAUGUGCUUGUUUUUGUGUGUGUGUGAGUGCGUGUGUGUGUGUUGUUUGUAUUAUAUUGUAUUAUAUAGCAAAGAUUUGAAGCAUCAACUGUCAGACAGACCACCUGAUGCACUUUGUUUUUGUAAUAAAGCCUUGUAUUACCAUGGACUUCCUGCAAUGUGUUUGGACUUGAGCGUUUCUGAAUAAUAAAUUGAAUCAAAUCAUCAGCUUCUUGCACUUUAUCCCAGUAUUUGUAAUUGCCCUGAAAGCUAGACUUCCUUGUACCCAUCUGAUUCAAAAAUGACAAACCAUUUGAUUGUAUACUAUUUGUUUUAUUAUUGUGGAAUGUAAUGGAAUAUUAUACUUUUUUUCUCCAUAUGCUGCAUUUUUGCUUCUUAAGUGUCUUCAAUUAUAAAAUCUGAAUCAUAAACUAUUGACUGUUAUUAUGUCAUAAUCGCAAAAUCGUACAAAAUAGAUAAAACCAGCCUUGGAAAUAUGAUCUAAUCAUGAAUCAUGCUAUAUUAAAGUAAUCUCUUGUUGAACUGAAAGAAAACACUUGAAUUUACCAAUAAAUGCAAACGGAUUUAUGAUAGAAAGUGGUAUUAAAAGAACAUUUGUUUUGUACAGUUUAUGUCACAACGCAGUGCGUAUCGCAGCAAAGACGAGACGAAGAUGAGAAUAAAAAUGUGUUUUAACAGCUA